AUGGAUGGUCACUUUGUUCCAAACUUGACAUUCGGCCAUCCACUUGUGGAAUCAUUGCGGAAGAAUCUCGGACCUGAACCAUUUUUUGAUGUUCAUCAUCUCAUGGUGGCCGAUCCUGGCCGUUGGGUGACUCCAAUGGCCGCGGCAGGAGCUAGUCAAUUCUGUUUCCACUGGGAAGCCGCUCACGAAAAAGGUGGUGAUGCAGAGGUAUCAUCAGUGAUCGACAAGAUCCACGAAGCCAAAAUGAAAGUUGGAUUUGCUAUUCAAACCUAA